CUGCUGAGGGCGAGGGCGGGAAAAGGCGCCGUGAGGGUGAGGCCUGGCGGUUCCUUCAUCUACCUGUCACCUCACAUUGUCCUGCAGUUUUUCGUCGAUUAUCUCGCUACUCUCCCACACCUCACCUCGCCCUCACAGCCGAGGUUUUGUUGGCCGUCGCUGCUGUGCCGUGUUCUGUCUUUGCGCUUACAUCUUCCCCCUGCCUCAGUUUCCCUCGAGGAAGCAGGCACACACAGGAGUCUCUGCAGAAUGGCAACUGCUCAGAAGCAAAGGAACUCUGUGAGUGCAGUUGUAUUUCCCAAGAAAAUAGCCACAGAGCAGCAAUCCCUGAUGCUGGUGAAGAGGCUCCUGGCAGUGGCAGUGUCCUGCAUCACAUACCUGAGGGGAAUCUUUCCUGAAAGUGCCUAUGGAACCAGAUACAUGGAUGAUGUCUCUGUCAAAAUUCUGCGGGAAGACAAAAACUGUCCUGGCUCUACCCAGCUGGUGAAAUGGAUGCUAGGAUGCUAUGAUGCCUUGCAGAAGAAAUAUCUGAGACAGAUUGUCCUAGCAGUCUGCACCCAGCUGGACGAUCCUCAGACAGUCACAGAGUGUUACCACUUCAAGUUCACGUACACCCACAAUGGGCCGCUCCUGGAUUUUGGCAGCAAGGACAAGAAGUCAGACUCCACCAUCACCUGUGCAGACACCAAGAAGGCCAGCAUCCUCCUCCUCCGCAAGAUCUACAUCCUGAUGCAGAACCUGAGCCCUCUGCCCAACGAUGUCUGCCUCACCAUGAAACUCCUGUACUAUGAUGAGGUUACACCCCCUGAUUACCAACCUCCAGGGUUCAAGGAGGCCAGGGAUGAGGGGCUGAUGUUUAAUAUGGAGCCCCUUUACCUGAAUGUGGGGGAAGUGCCAACGCCUUUUCACAUGCUGAAAUUGAAAAUUACAACUGAGAAACAGCGCAUGGAGAAUGUUGAUAAGAACACCCUAAAGCAGGGGCAGACUGCUGAGCUUCUCCAGGUGUUUGGAGUGAGCAGAGAUGAUCCAGAAGAAGAGAGCCAGGACAUGAAAGAGAACCCUGUCUUGGAUAAUGAAGAUAAGAAUCAUGUAAAUACUUCAGAAGCUCAAGAAAAGAAUUCAACCCAUGAAGAGGAAGCUGGAGGGAUCCAGACUUCCCACCGUGUUUCUAAUUCUCAGGUUGAUCAUUUGACCCAUAAAACGUCUGAGCUGAUUGUGUCAGAGAGCAGGACAAGAAGUGGAAAGAUAUUCCAAAGCUGCAUUGUCAGUCUGGCUGCUUGUGGGGACCCAAAUCCUUCCUACCUGGCACAGCUGGAGCAGAGGUUGUGUCCAGGCUGGAAUUUGACCCAAAGUCUGUGCUGCUCCUUCACUGAGUGCAGCAGGCUGGGCUCUCCUCCAGCCAGGACGUGCUGACCAAAAGGAGGAAGCUCAGCGAGCCCAAGGAGCAGUUUUAGCUGCCCACCACCGCUGGCCCGAGUUCUCUGCUCCCAUUCUCUUGUUCCACGUCGCUGUUGGGUUUUAAGGAUCUGUUCUGCUCCAUUAGCAGUCCCCCAGGAGUGUGUUUUAAGGAAGGAAAAUGUCAGGAAGCCCAGCUGAAGAAUUUCAAACUAAUUUUGUGCAGGGACAGCAGGCAGCAGCAGAAAUCCUCGGAUUUGGGGGUUUGUGGGUUGGCUCCAGGUCCUGAUGGUGAUGGAGGAAAUUCAUCAGUUUCACCAGUGCCUUUGGGCUGUGGUUCCGAGCUCAGAACCUGCCUUGCCCCAAAACCUCUCCAGUUUUGGGGUGAUUUCCAGAGCUUUCCAAAGGGCUGGGCUGUCAGUUACAGGUUGUUAAGAGUUUUGGGGUUACAGUGUUUGCUUUUCCUACCGGGACAGUUGGAGGAGUUGGAUGCUCUGCAUUUCUGCCAGACCAGAAGCACCAUACUCAGGUGAAAAUCCAGCCCUCUUCAUGCCUUAAAUUCCAGCCUCCCUGCCAGAGAAGGCAGGGAUCUCUCAUGCCAGGUCUCCAGGCCAGGAAGAGCCGUGGCAGCGUCUGUUCCAAGGUGUCAGAGCACGGGGAGAACCUGCGUGUCCUUGGGACGAUUUCUGGCACAGCUUUCUCCUCCAACACCGAACCCUUCCUUGUCCGGCUGCCGUCAGGGGAUGGAGGCACGGCCGGGGACAGCUGGACCAUUCUUGACGGUUUUGGCUUUGCAAUUAAGAAUGUUCAUCAUCAGUCCUCUAUUAAACGGCGUUCGCCUUCGGCA